GUGAACCGCCAGAUCGGCCGAAUUUUUUGAAGGUUACCGAUUCGGUAAAAAUUCAGAAAUGCUAAUUACAUCCAAUACCCUUUCCCCACGCCCCACCCCUGUCUCUCUGCAGCAGAAGAACCAACCCUAAACCUUCUUCGAACGUUGCCCGCAGCCACCAUCCCUCUUCAAAGUCAUCGUCGAACUCUUCUCCUAGAGGGUGCUGUCGCCGCCGUCAGGGACAGACCGUGGGUGCCGUCGUCGCCUGUGAAAGCUCUACUCCGCCCUCUUCACAUCGUUCCUCCUCUCCUCGCCGUCGCACGAGGUCUGAGUUGAGUUCGUGGCGUCUCCGUCGCGAAGGUUGCUCGGUCGUCGUCUCUUCGAGCGCUCUCUCUGUCCUUGUCCGGGUCAACGUCCCUCUUCGAGCUGUCUCUCGCCGUCGCUGCUUCUUCGCUCCUCGCCGUGGGUCGUCGCUGCUUCUCACCUCCUGCGUCGUUUCUGCUUCUCUGCUUCUCGCCAUUUUUGGCUGUCGCCCCUUCUCUUCUCCUCUGAUUUUAGGUAACUGUCUCACACGGUCGCCGCUAGCUCACUCUGUCUCACACUCGCCGAGCUCACUUUGUCAUCGCUGUUCAUCUCUCGCCAUCUCUCCGUCUUCAGUUCAGUUCAGUGAGUGAGUGAGUGAGGGAGUAUGAAGGUGGUGGCGCUCGUUAGUGGCGGCAAAGACAGCUGCUAUGCCAUGAUGAAGUCCAUUCACUAUGGCCACCAGAUAGUUGCGUUGGCGAACUUGUUACCUGCUGAUGAUGACGUCGACGAGCUUGAUAGCUACAUGUACCAAACCGUUGGUCAUCAAAUUAUUGUUAGCUACGCGGAAUGCAUGGGGUUGCCAUUGUUCAGGAGGCGAAUUCGAGGAUCAACAAGACAUCAAGAGCUUGGUUACAGAACAACCCAGGGUGAUGAAGUUGAAGAUAUGUUUAUUUUACUUCGUGAAGUGAAAAGGCAGAUACCUGAAGUUACUGCAGUGUCUUCUGGGGCCAUUGCAUCUGACUAUCAGAGAUUGCGGGUGGAAAGUGUUUGUUCAAGGUUAGGCCUUGUUUCUCUGGCAUACUUAUGGAAACAAGAUCAAUCAUUGCUCCUCCAAGAAAUGAUUGCAAAUGGAAUUUUGGCUGUGACUGUAAAGGUAGCCGCCAUGGGUUUGGUGCCUGGAAAGCACUUGGGUAAAGAAAUAGCCUUCUUAAAUGCUUAUUUGCACAAAUUAAAAGAGUUAUAUGGAAUUAAUGUUUGUGGUGAAGGAGGGGAAUAUGAAACGUUAACUCUUGAUUGCCCUCUCUUCAUUAAUGCUCGAAUUGUGCUCGAUGAAUAUCAAGUUGUGAGGCACUCUUCAGAUUCCAUAGCUCCUGUUGGAAUCCUUCAUCCCUUGAAAUUUCAUUUGGAAAAGAAGGUAGAUAUUCAAUCUUUAACAUCACCAGACAACAUAAGUGAAACUUAUGUUCAGAAACUGGGAACUGUGUUUGAAGUGGAAGACACUUUAGAAAGAUGUGAAGACACAUUUAAGUCGUUGGAUUGCAGUGCUGACCCAAUUGAUGACUUAGCACAUAAAUUUAACAUCUCAAGAACAAAUAACAAGAGAACACUCUCCUUAAGUUGCUCGUUACAAGAUUCAUGCAAUGAUUUGCGGGAAGAUUUGAAGACUGUUUUGGCAAAAACUGAAUCACUAUUAGCUGGCUUUGGCUUUGGGUGGGAGAAUGUUGUCUAUAUUCACCUUUACAUAGAUGAAAUGAGUAAGUUCUCAGAGGCAAAUGAGACAUAUGUAAAAUUUAUAACCCAGCAGAGGUGUCCAUUUGGUGUCCCAUCACGUAGUACAGUUGAAAUGCCUCUAGUAGAGAUGGGUUUCAGCAAAGCAUAUAUGGAAGUUCUUGCGUCAAGUAAUAAAGAUAAAAAGGUUUUGCACGUACAGAGUAUUUCCUCUUGGGCACCUAGUUGCAUUGGGCCAUACAGUCAGGCAACCUUGCACGAUAAUAUACUUCAUAUGGCUGGUCAGUUGGGACUUGACCCUCCAACAAUGAAUCUUUGCAGUGGAGGUGCUAGUGCUGAACUGGAACUGGCUCUCAGAAACUGUGAAGCUGUGGCAAAAUGCUUUCGUUGUUCAAUAUCCACAUCAGCAAUUAUGUUUGUUGUUUACUGUUCUAAACGUGUCUCAUCAUCAGAGAGACAUGAUAUGCAGGAGAAACUAGAAACAAUCCUUAGGCAGAUGAGGAUCUUUCAGUUACAGGAACAAAACACCUGCAAAGCAUUAGAUCCCGUAGUCCUUUAUGUCCUUGUUCCUGAUCUACCUAAAAGUGCAUGUGUAGAAAUAAAGCCUGUUCUUUAUGUUGACGAUGGCACGGAGAUAGCAACUGAGACCAUAACAGAAAGUUCUGGUUCCGAAGCACCCCACUACUGGGGUUUCAAGCAGGAAAAUUGGCAUGAUUCUUGUAUUCGGAAACUUGUGGUUUCAGGAAUGAUUUGUGCUGUUACAUUAUCUAUUACAAGUGAGGAUGCUGCAAAGAUAUGUUUCCAUUCUGUGUCUGCUGAUUCUGUCAAUGAUGAUCAAUAUCUUCAAUAUAAGUCGCUCAUGGAGAAGUCAUCAAGAUUCUGCUUCUAUCUUCUGGACAAAGUCAUGGCCGAUAAUGGGUUUGGCUGGGAAGAUUUAAUGAGUUUGAGGAUCUAUAUCCCUGCAAGCCUUCAAAUGUCGAUAGCUAUGCUGCUGCCUACGUUCAACAAGGCUCUAUUGGAACUUUCUGAAGCGAGUCAGAAGAAAGUUUUAAAUGGCGAGGAGCCAAUCUUCAACAUAGUUCCUGUCAUCGGUGCUGGUAGGUCUGCUUCAUCCAUGUCUAAUAUAAUAACUUGCGAAUUACUCGGCCAGAAAUCCUGGGCAUAAAUUGCUGGAUAAACUCUUAUGUUCUAGCUUGGUUAUAUUUAUAUUGUCAUUUUACAUACGAAAUGGACGUGGAAAGAUUGUUUUACUGGAAUUCCUUGGUAAUUUGGAUAGAAUAGGCGUUAGAGAAAUUCAGGUUCAAAUGGGGCUGAUCAAAUUUCAUUGAUCUUUCCCAAAGUAAUACAAUUUCUGAGGUUUUGUUGCUUUUGGUUUUGGCAAAACAAAAAAUUACACUUGGGGUAUGUUAGAUUGGGUGUAAAGGUAGGGUAAAACUAAAAUUACAUCAGGUUCUGCCGCAUGGAAUGUUGUACUUUAAAGGAUUGUCAUGGCCGUAUUAAUUUACUUCAAAGUGUAGUUACUUAA